AUGGUGGACACUAGCUUAACCAAUGAGGAUACUAUAGAGGAGACUGCAUUCGAGACUUGUACUCAUAUAAAAGUUGGAGUUUCUAUGAGCAAACCAUUUUCAAGCUUCAGUUUCUUGACUGUAAUUAAUCUAAGUUAUACAAAUCUAGAGAAUGGAGGUGCUAUAGCUUUAGUAAACGCUCUCAAGAACUCCGCUCCAUCUCUUCAAGUUAUAGAAAUGGCUGGAAAUAACAUAACUUAUGAGGCGGCUACAGCUAUCGCAGUUUGUUUGGCAGCAAAGAGACAUCUGAAAAAGUUGAAUUUGUCUGAAAAUGAUCUAAAAGAUGAGGGAUGUGUUGAGAUUGUAAAGAGUAUGGAAGAUUGGGAGUUAGAAUAUGUUGAUAUGAGCUACAAUGACUUGAGAAGAGAAGGAGCAUUGCGCUUGGCUCGUGUUGUUGUCAAGAAAGGAAGUUUCAAGAUGUUGAACAUUGAUGGAAAUAUGAUCUCUCUUAAAGGCAUUGAGGAAAUCAAAGUGAUAUUCACGAAUUGUCCAAAGUUACUUGGACCUUUGGAUAAGAACGUAUAUAAUGUGGAUGAUGAUGAUGAUUUAAGAGAGAAUGAUGAAGAUGAAUUUGUGAGUGUAUUUAUCUUUUAUUAG